AUGGAACAAAAGAAGCCAACAAUCACUUUAAGGGAAGAUUCAUUGUACCAUGACCCCAUUGCCCUUGUCUUAUUUGGACAUAAUGCUCGAGUUUGGGACUGCUGUAUUUCUGAUGAUUUUAUUGUGACUGUCAGUGAGGAUUGUACAUGUUGUAUAUGGGGAAUUGAUGGUGAACAACUGCAAGUCAUUAGGGAGCACAUAGGAAGGGGUAUAUGGAGAUGUUUGUAUGAACCAAAAUUGUCACUUCUUAUAACUGCCGGGUUUGAUUCUGCUAUCAAGGUGCAUAGGCCUCCUGCUUUUCUAUCUGGGGGCUUGGAUGAAGCACAAUUGUCCCACGGAAGAACAAAAAUGUUUUCCAUUUGCGUCCCGCAUGUGUUGCAGCAUAUUGGAUUGACGGACAGCAAGAGUGAAUACGUUUGUUGUUUGCGUUUUUCCUCUCAGGAUUCUCUUUAUGCUGCUACCAAUCAUGGUUAUCUCUACCAUGCUAAAUUAUGUGAAACUGGAGGUGCUCAUUGGAAUCAGCUUGUUCAAGUCAGCAACGGGGCUCCAAUUAUCUGUAUGGAUUUAUUGUCCAAGGACUCAUUUGAACUUGGAUAUGGUGAUGAAGAUUGGAUCGCCAUUGGAGAUGGUAAGUCGAUUACUUUUAGGCAUCGCCAUCAACCUCACAUAGCUUACUCUUGGGCUUUCUUAUAA